AUGGCCUCUUACCUCAUUCUAGUGCUAUGCUCACUUUACAUCUCGGUGUCCUCUGCCUCCCAGGACCAAUAUGCACAGAGCCCCUUGAAUCCGAUCAGCAUUGAAGAUAUAGUCUCACCCAGCUCAAAUCCGACUAACGCCUGCCCUUACUGGCUUGAGGACAUCCCUCACCAAGGUAUCGCAGCGUUCAAUCCGCAUUCGAGCAGCUAUCAUGUCUUUCGGAAUGUCAAAGACUAUGGCGCCAAGGGCGACGGCGUGACCGAUGAGACCGCAUCCAUUAACCUGGCGAUAAAGAGCGGGGACAGAUGUGAUCCAGAAAGUUGCAAAUCUUCUACGACCACACCGGCUGUCGUCUACUUCCCCGCGGGCACGUACAUGAUAUCGUCCUCGAUCAGUGAUUAUUACUACACUCAGCUCAUCGGCAACCCUAACUGCAUGCCUACUCUGCGCGCAAGUCGAAAUUUUACCGACAGUACUCUGAUCGACACAAACUUCAAUAACAGGUACAAUGCCACCAACGUUUUCUGGCGCCAGAUUCGCAAUCUAAACAUUGACAUGACCCUGAUUGCCCCAGCUAAGGAAGUGACAGGCCUUAAAUGGACCGCUUCCCAAUCCACAAGCCUUCAAAACCUGAGAUUUUUAAUGAGCGAUGCGCAUGGUACUCGACAAACAGGCUUGUACAUCCCCGAGGGAUCGGGUGGCUUUCUCGGCGACCUAGUGUUCCAUGGAGGUCGUCAAGCUGCUGCGAUCGGCAAUCAGCAGUUCACCAUGAGAAAUCUCACAUUUUAUAAUGCAGGGACUGCCAUCAAUAAUACUUGGGACUGGAGCUGGACAUAUCAGGAUAUAAACAUCAUCAAUUGUUCAAUAGGUAUCGACAUGUCUUGGGGAGGUCCGCGAAAAAUAGAUCAAGGCGUCGGUUCAGUAACCCUCCUCGAUUCCAGCAUUACGGACACGCGUGUAGGCAUACGUACCUCUUACAACACCCAUCCUCAAAAACCCGCAGAAGGGAGCUUGGUUUUAGAGAACAUCAAACUCAAGAAGGUUGACGUUGCUGUCCAGGGAUUAAGCGGACCAAUUCUUUCUGGUACAAAAGGCUCCACUACCCUGGCCAUUGCUGGCUGGCGAGAGGGUAAUACAUAUACGUCCACGGGGGUCAAGAAGCUCCAAGGACCCGUCAGUCCGAACACCAGGCCAGCUUCUCUGAUGAGCGGCGACAAGUACUACGUGCGAUCCAAGCCCCAAUACGAGACUUUUCCCUUGUCUCAAUUCGUCAGUGCAAGAUCUAUCGGAUGUCGAGGUGACGGUGUGACAGAUGACACGGCAGCUCUACAAGCUGCCAUCCUUGCCUCGGCAUUUUCCCGCAAGAUCCUCUUUAUCGACCACGGUACGUAUAAGGUGUCGGCGACUGUCUACAUCCCUGCGGGUGCUAGAAUAGUUGGCGAGUCCUAUUCUGUCAUCAUGGGAAGCGGGGGUUGGUUCGCAAACAUGAACCAACCAUUCCCCGUCUUGCGAAUCGGCCAGCCUGGCGAGAAGGGAUCUGUCGAGCUGUCGGACCUAGUUGUCAGCACACAGGCAUCUGCGCCUGGGGCCAUUCUCAUGGAAUACAAUCUCGCUUCCCCGUCCAAUUCGCCCUCGGGAAUGUGGGAUGUCCACGCACGGAUCGGAGGCUUUGCCGGCUCAGAUCUAAGCCUCAAGCAGUGCCCGAAGACGCCGCAGAAUCGCACACCCCCUACACCCAUCAACACCAAUUGCAUCGCGGCAUACAUGACGAUGCACUUGACAAAGUCCUCAUCUGGAUUGUAUCUGGAGAAUGUGUGGCUGUGGGUGGCCGACCACGACCUAGAUGACCCAGGACAGAGGCAAAUCACAAUUUACGCAGGUCGAGGACUCUACGACGAAAGCUCGUUAGGAAAUUUUUGGCUCGUGGGCACAGCGUCCGAGCACCACACGCUGUAUCAAUACCAAUUUGCCAAUACGCAGAAUGUUUUUAUGGGCUUAAUACAGACCGAGACGGCGUACUAUCAGCCCAAUCCGCCCGCCUAUUUGCCCUUCCCCGUGAAUCCUGCACUCAGAGAUCCGAAUUACGCCGCGAUUUGCAAUUCAACCACCUUUCCCUCGAGCAACUGCUCCGCGUAUGCUUUGCGUAUCCUCAACUCGAGCUCGAUCCUCACCUAUGGGGCGGGGCUGUAUAGCUUUUUCAGCGACUACGGCCAGGCUUGUUUGAUUACCAGUUCGUGCCAGCCGGCCAUCUUCUCGCUCGAAGGGAGCCUCUCGAACAUCGGUGUGUAUAACUUGAACACCGUGGGCACGCAAAAUUUGAUUGUCCGGGACGGGAAGGCCUUGGUUAUGAAAACUAUGAGUACCAUCUCCGGAUUCACGGAUACAUUGGCUCUAUUCAGAAUCUGA